AUGAUGCUGAUGUAAACACAACAUACGCCUCAUCGUCUUCCUAAAUGAGCCAACUGGCGAGAUUAACCUAAAUCGCCCUUGUCUAGUCCGCGAAAACGCCUCAUGGCUUGCAUACAUAAUAUGUAUUAGUGCGGUGAGAGUGACACAAUGGACUUCUGCAUUAACGUAAAGGUGAAUUUCAGGGGGAAUUCCAAGAAUUUUCUCCUGUCGGGAUCCGAGACCAAGAGCUGGGACUCGAUGGAGGCCAUGGUAAAGCGUUCCUUUGGCUUGUGUAGCCUUCAGCUGACCUAUUUUGACGAAGAGAACGAAGAGGUUUCCAUUAACAGCCAAGUAGAGUACGAAGAGGCACUCAAGAGUGCAGCAAGGCAGGGAAAUCGACUGCACAUGAAUGUGUAUGAGACCCGUGGCCAACCAGCAAGGUUGGCCACUGGCAAGGCCGGUGCAGAGCCAAAGCGGGGCUUUAGACCCCCUCAGCACUGUCCUACUCUUGCUCAGGUGGUCAGUCGCAAGAUUCAGGCGGCGGUGCCAGAACAGACCAUGGAGAUCAUGAAAGAAGUGAAAGGGACAAAAGAAGAAGACAAGACUCCUCCUGCAUGGUUCACCUCUUACAUGGAGAAGUUCAAGGACCAGGUGGUCCGUGAGGCUGUGGAAAAAAUUUGCAGGGAGUUCUCUGGACAGUGUUGCAUCCACAAGCCCCUGAGUGGAGUAGGGGCAAGUAGAGAGGAUGCAAUAUCUGGGCCCGCGGUGGUACCUGAGGUUUCUUCCUCUACCCUGCCCGGAGCUCCGUCCUCUUCCACUCUUCCCUGCUCCUCCUGCAGGGGACAGACCACAGGUGGAGGCUACCAAUGCAGUGUGUGUACAUCUUGUACUCUGUGCGAGCCUUGCAGUUUCUCUCAUGAUCCUAGUCACAAUUUAGUGAGGGCCAGAACUCCUCUCUCUAUACCAGAACAUGGAUCACCUGCCCCUGACCACAGCAGGUUCUACAGACGAGGUGACCGUAGCUUCCGGAAAGCCGAGAAGCAGCGGCUGAAAGCAGAAAAACGCCUGUUGAAGGCCGAAGUGAAAGAGAUCCGUAAACAGUUAAGGAUGGAGAGGCGUGGCAUACAAUGGAGCUCCUCCCAGAGAGAUGGAAGUUCUUCUCCUGUGCUUCUUCAGCCUCGAGCCACCCAGCACAACAGCCCUGAGCGACCAAAGCGUCCCUGUCCGCUGAUGGUUCCAACCAUGACAGCGACGUUUCUAGAUGAAAACCUUCCUGAUGGGACCCGUCUGCGUCCUGGAACCAAGUUCAUCAAGUACUGGAAGAUGAGGAACACAGGAACAAUGAGUUGGAGCUCUGAUACAAAGCUGAAGUUCAUGUGGGGAAACCUGGCUGUGGGCUCGGGGGAUCGUUGGAGAGAAGUAUCUGUUCCUUUUCUCCAGCCCGGACAGGUUGGCAUUGUGAGUGUAGCAUUAUGUGCACCGUCUGUGGAGGGUUCCUACACCUCCCACUGGCGCCUUGCCCAUACUGGAGAGCAAUUCGGACCCAGGGUUUGGUGCAGCAUUGUGGUUGACCCUCUGGCCCCUGCCCCUAUGAUGGCUGAUGGAAUACUUGUGUCACCGUGUGUCACACCACAGGGUAAAAACCCAGUGCUAAAGGAAGGAAAAGCAUGUACAUCCUCUCGAAAGCAGCCUCCAGUUUCCGUAGACAGCGGAGAAGAAUACUACAUCCCCUCUGUGGACCUGCUCACUGCACAGGAUCUUCUAUCAUUUGAGUUGCUGGACAUCAACAUAGUCCAAGAGUUGGAGAGUGUCCCGAAUAACACCCCAGCUGACAUGACUCCGUGCAUCUCCCCUCUUCCUCAAGAUGGCCACCAGAAGGAGAAAAGCAGCCCUUCUUUGGGGCUGAUCCAAGAAGAGACUGAAAUCAUCAAUAGCAUAAUGGAGGAUAGUGGAAUACCAGCACAAGAGGAGGGGGAGGAGGACAUCAGUGGCACUCAGUUUGUUUGUGAGACUGUGAUUCGAUCAAUGACCUUGGAGGAGGCCCCUGACCAGACCCUGGUGAGAGGAUCCUGCUCCGGAGCAGUGGUACGUCCGUCAGUUCAGAUUGGCUCCUGUGUGAAAAGUGAAGGAGUGAAAACUGAGGAUAUCUUGGACAGUUCCCACAACCCUUUGAAACCACCAGCUAUGCUAGAGUCUUCCCUGCCAUCCCCUCUGAAAGCCUCCCUACCAGCUCCUCUGUCGAUAGUCCCAGCUGAGGUGGCUGGCCCCAGCUCAGUUCCAAUAACGCUCAACAUGCCACUGAUGCCUUCCACACUGCAGGAGUCCACCACCAUAAGUGAAAGCGAGGUUCCGCACAUUGAUUGUGCUGGUAUGCAAUCCAAAAGAAGGGAAAGUGAGAAAGAACCAAAGGUGAAAGAUGGUUUGAAAACAAAAGAGGGGGUGAGGAGUCGCUCAUCCUCCACCUCCUCAGAGGAAUAUAUCAUCAUCCUUCCUGACUGUUUUGACACCAGCCGGCCACUGGUGGAGUCCAUGUACAGCUCUGCUCUGUCUCAACCUGGUGAUAUUUCGGAUAGUACCCCCGCAGACCCUGAAACCCUUACCUGUGAGCACCCGGGCAGUACCUCCCAGGAAGAGGGCAAGGCGCAUGACAUCACAGCAGUUUUAGGUACAGGGACAUUGGGCAACAGCAGUGCUAACGACAUGCUUUGCACAUCUCAGACACUAGAUGAUGAGCCAUUGACACCUGAGGUGGUCGCACCACCUACAGCCAUCCUUACACCAAGUCCAGGGAAUACUGGAGAAGCAGCAGGGGACAAUGUUGCAGCUAAGGAGGAAACAGACCACUCUGAACUGAAUCAAACUGAGGAUGCUUCAGGUGGUGAAAAGAAACAGUCAGCCUCCAAAGCCACUGCAGACACUGAAGUAGACUGCUCUGAGGAUCCCAGACACCCAAGUGUCACCAGUGACCUGGUUAAAGGAGCUCUGUCAGUAGCUGCUUCUGCCUACAAAGCUUUGUUUACUGGACAUGGCCCGACACAGCCUCCAGUAGACGAGUCCACACAAGAGACUAUGAUGGCCGUACUUGUAGAGAUGGGAUUUGGGGACAGACCACUCAACGAGCGACUGCUUAAGAAGCAUAACUACAACCUGCUUGAUGUCGUCAAUGAGCUUGUUCAGCUGACCGACAAUGAAUGGUAUUCUACACGUUAUUGACCAGCAAGAGCAUUGUGGAAAAAUGACAGACAUGGGGGAAAUAGAACGCAAAACAGAAAUUCAGAAAGUGGGGGUGUGGGUAGAAGACAAAAUGUCAUAUCUUCAUAUCAUGCAAAAAGACAUUUCAGCAGACUCAAACCUUGUUACACCACAGAAUGAUUUCUCAUAAGACUCAUAAAGAAUAAAACUUAAAAUACCUAAACCUAAAACCUACAUACUUAAUACGAAUCACUGUAGCAUAAAAUCAGUAGGACCCUUCAGCCUGGUGUCUAUUUGUUGAAGCAAUUUGAAGGCCUUAUGGCUUCAUUGGAUAGCUAGUGUCCAGACCUGUAAUUUGUGUAUGCAUCUGUCUUAUUUGGCAGUCAUUUUCUUUCUCAGUCUCUCAUCUUCUGUGUCCACUCAAGGCAAAUUUUUUUUCAGAGCCUUUUUUUAAAACUUAUUUUAGCUUUUGGACUUUAUCAAGCAUCAAAACUUUGGCAGAGAUGACUGUGAGAAACUGGAAAAAAACAGAAGUGAUGGGGUCUUUUUUUUUUGGAAAAUAAAAGACAAGGGAUGGGACUUGAUGAGAAUUUAGCGAUUCCCUUUUCAUAAUCCACUCUUUCGAUUUUUUUUUUUUAGAAUUCUAUUAAAUGAUAAUACAAAAGAUGGUUCUGCAAAGUGCUGCGCAAUAUGGACAAAAUGUGAUAUCGCGAAUAAGGAUGUACAUCCAGAUAUAGUAUUUUUCCUCAAAAAUACAUGAAGUUAGUGGCAAUUUUCUCUGAGAUUUUCUCUAUUCAUGAACACAUUCUGUAUGGGAAAAAAUAAAUGGAUAAAAGGUAUCUAGAAAUACAAUAAAACAAAUAUCGAGUGGAAAAUAUACCAUUAAAAAUAUCUGGUAGUACGAGCAGUUUUCAAGGAAAAUACACUGUUUUCUUGUACAUUGUAAUUUAGUGUAAUCCAUAAUGUUGUCUACAUCCAUGCUCCUCUAGCAGUGCCGUAAACAAGUAUUUAUAGGUGAUGUAGUCGGGUUGUUGCAGUUACAUUAUCCUUCAUUCAUUUUUCAUGUUGUGGUGUACCAGGUGCAGGGCAAAAGUCAUUCUUGUCACACAAAAACAAACUCAUUCUACCUUGGAGGACAUUUGUGACGCUGGUUAUCUUGUAUGGUCCUGGUCAAGGCUCUUACCCACGUUUCCAAAGUCCCCAGGUUGAGAGUUAAAUGCGCUAACCAGCAGGCUAUGUCUUGGUUGCUAAAUUAGUGUAGCAACAGAGCUAACACAAAACCCCAUACAUCAAAAUAAAUGAUAGAGUUACAGUAUAUUGUACAUUAAUGCCAUUUUUAUUCCUAGGGUUUGAAUUAUGGGAACCGGUGUUCUGUCAAAACAAGUUUCUUGUCAAUUCGCACUGUCCAGCGCUUCUGCGCAUACGGAAGCUGAGCCAACGGCAUCUGUUGAGUUUGGCUUUUUAGUGAAAAAGACCUACUCUAUUUGUUUAUCUUUAUUUAUGCAAUAUUUGACAGUUAUAUUAUGCAGUUACACCUUAUAUAAAUGUGAAUAAAAACUUUAACUUAAUAAAGAAACUUCUUUUGGGCAACUUUCCUUCUCACAUUAGGCUUAUCCAAUGUACUGUAUCGUGUACCGUAUUUCUCGUGUGUAAUGCACAUUUUUUUCCUCAAAAAAAUUGACAAGUCUAUGUUGUGCAUUAUACAAAAACCUUCACCUUUUAUAAAUGUAUGCCGCCAUCUAGAGGUUAUGAAAAAGCCUACACUUUCAUUGCAAUUGCAGGGGUACGUACGUACGUAUGACUGCAUAUACAGUAAGUACAGUUUUCCUCAUAAGUUUACAUACCCUUGCAGAAUUAGUGCAAUGUUGUUGUUUUUAAUACAACUGAUGACUGAAUAACAACCAUCAUUAAUUUCAUUAUGGUUAUAUUUUGUUAAAUGAUAAUGCUUUUCUGAAAUGCUAGACAGUUUAAUUUGAAUCCCAUUAAAAUAAAAUUAAAUGUAUUUUGCCUGGCCCUUCAUGUUUUUUUUAAAGAACUCUACCCAGCUUACAAAUUCUGCCUGGGUAAUCAAACAUAUGAACACAUUUGUAUGUUUUCUCGUUUACUAAAUAAAAGUAGGGCUGUGAAUUUCAAAACGAGUAAAUAAAAACAAAGUAUUACGUGUUCAAAUAAAGCGCUUAACUCAGAAUAAUUAUUUGAAAAAAAUAACAAAAUACAGAUAAUACUUAAUGUUUUGAUCAUAUGGUUAGAAGCAAAAUCAUGCAUUGUAAAAAUGCAUUAUACAUAGGUAGAAAGGUUUUCCAGAAUUUUGAGGUCAACUUUGGGGGUGCGUAUGGGUGGGCAUUAUAUACGAGAAAUUACGGUAUAUAUUAUUUAUAUUUAUUUAUUUAUAUAUUUUAUUUAUUUAUUAUUAUAUACCAAAUAUUGGUAUAUAAUUCAUCAAAACACCAGUUGAGGCUUAUUUUAUGAAGAGAAAACACUCACGUGUAGCUUCGACAAUAAAGCUGUUUCCUUCUUCGUUUUUUUUUUUUUUUCCUGUUCGGCUGUUAGGUCAAGCAGAAUCUGUAUCCUUUUUAUGCCAGAACAGUUUUACUGUGUCACAGUGGAGUUUCUAAGCUUUUAAGUAUUAUAAUUGAGGCUUAUUGACAAUCAGACUUGAUCACUCGAACAACAGUUUCUAGAAGCGAGAGAGAAACAAGGUCAAAAGACAAAUCACUAAUUGUAAACAGCAUGAGAGAAUUAAAUCAUUACAUUUUCUACAACAAUGAAACAUUAAAUAUGAGUGUUGCAUGGGGCUGUAGUGCUACACCCUACAUACACCCUGGAUAGGACAAGAUAGGACAUGGAAAGGAGAAGAAGCAUGCAGGACAAGGGUCGUGAACCCGGCUGUACAACUGAUGUGUGGUAGGAUUAAUUAUGUAAAUUAUAAAAGUCUACAGGACGAGAGUAUAAUUGAUGGCAUCCACAAGCGAUUUGCAUAUUCAUGAGUUAUUUGUCGCAGUAAGUGCGUGACCCCACACCCAGUGGAAGAGUCCUAGGGGUGUGUGCCUGCGGAUACAUGCAAGUGAAUUGACACCGUUUUGCAUGCACAGAGACUGACAGAAGUGUCCUGUAAUUGCUAUGGCCGCACCGCGGAGGCUGAGGACCCCACCCAAUCAAUCUAGGGGCGGGAUCGGGCCCAGGGGUCCACCCUAGAGCAACCCGGUGGGCGGGACAUGUGCCACACCGAGGGACCCCGGGCGGUCCGUCGGCCCCACCGAGGCGCCCCGACAACUGGCCACCCACUGGGGGCCGCAGGGACCCAAUGCCACCGCCUCAGCCAACACCCCCACCUGACCCACCGCCACACACAGACCGGGAAACAGCACAGACGUGCUGAAAUCCAAUCCGACACCCACACCCUCCCGAUCCCAUACCAGUCCCCCAGAAACCCUUUGAUAUGUGUAUGUGCCCAGAUGUGAUUAGUGAGAAAAAUAUAUACUGUGAGUGUGUGCUAAGUGAGUGAUUAAGAGGCAUGGCUCCUGCAGGUCAGGCCCAUUAGGCCGGACAACCACCAACAAAGAGGCCACCCCACCCAGACCUGCAGCACCGUCUCCCACACUCGGUCCUGAGUGUGGGAGAUGGACCCUCCCCGAACCAGGCAGGGAAAAGAACCCCACAGCAAGCCCCACAGCCUGCAGGGGACCGCCCAGCUCCCCCACGGGAAGAGGGAGAGGCGACCGCAGCGGGACGCAAGGAACGGAGAGAAGAGGAGGAAGCAGGCCCGAGGAGCGACAGCAGGGCCCCACCGCCCCCACCAGCAGCCAGAGUGGGGGACUCAGGCAGGUGCCCUCGCACCAACGGAACAUGGGCGAGUCACCAUCACACCACCAUUACUCCUUAGGAGGUCGCCCCAAUGGUUCCCCCCCACCCCCAAUAUCAGGAAGGAGUGAAAAGGUCCCGCCCCCAAAGACUCCGGAACAGCAAACACAGGGACAAGAGGAGAAAAUCCCCACAACAUGCAUGUCUUUUCACCAUGCAAAACGAUCUAAAAUGUGUGAAAAUAAAAAUUAAAAAGAAAUUAAUAGAAUAAUAAUAAAACAACAACAACCUCGACAACAAAGAAUAUAGAAUUCCAUUCCAUUUCACAAUUAUGGAAAUAGUCUUGCUAUUGUCAAAUGUUAAAUGGCACCCUACUCAGGGAAAGGAAUCAAAAGUCUCGAUUUAGCAUGUUGAGGAAAGGUGACCAGCUAUCUACGUAUACGUGUAAUUGAUUUUUUUCAUUCUGCUGAUAUUUUUUCUAGCGCAAUAUAUUCUAUGAUGUUUGUUUGUUUUUCCAGUUUAAUACAAUUGUUUUCUUAGCGGUAGCUAACACGACAAGUAAUGAUUGUGAAUAUUUAUGAGGGAGGUAAAUUAUGCUUAAGUCGCCAAGUAUGCACAAUCUUGGGGAAAGUGGAAUCCCGCAGUUUAAAAUAUACGAAAGUUUUUGUAUAACCCAAGACCAAAAGCAUUGAAUCGGUGUACAUUCCCAUAUAGCAUGAAAAUAGGUGUCUGGGGUACUUUUGGUGCAUUGCACGCAUAUAUUAGAUGGAGAGAAACCCAUUUUAUGCAUAGUGUACUGAGUAAAGUGUGUUCUAUGGAGCACUUUAUAUUGUGUAAACUGUGGAUUUGUUUUUUUUUCAUUCUAAACUUAUUGUUAUAAAUCUGUAUCCAGUAGCUACGGUCAGCAGACAGGGAGAGGUCUUCUUCCUAUUUGGUGAUUGGUAAGUGCAUUGAUUUAGUACAUGAAAUUAAUCUGUACACUUUUGAGCAAUUUCUUUUACUUUGUGGGAGAAGCUUCAUUAUUUGCUUGACAAACUCCGGCAGUUUGAGGGUGCUCUAGAGUGUUGGUAUUCCUUUUUUUUUCUCUUUUUUUUUAAUUGCUGCUUUUAAUUUAUUGUCUUGAAGAAAGUUUCUGGCUGUUAUUUCGAAUUCUCGGAAGAGUUCAUCACGUGUCCUAAAAACAUUAUUGUUAAAUAGUUGUUGUAGGUGGUAAAUUCCAUGUUGUUCCCAUGUACUAAAAUGAAGGGGUAUAUUAUUAAUUUCAAAAUCUGGAUUAUGGCAGAUUGGGGAGAGCAUACUGUGAGCUAAUUGAGAUCCUGUCGAUUCUAAACUUUGACACCAAGCCGUUAAGGUGGAUGCGAUUAUUGGAUUCUUGAAACAUUUAUGGCGUUUAAGACAAGUAAAAAAUAAAUGGGAGUUUUGGUAGUUUGAUGUUGUUGCAGUCUGUUUAUUCCGAUUCUAGCCAAGAAUCACACUCCUCAUUGUGGUGCAACCAUUUGAUGAGGUAUUGUAAUUGGUUAGCUAAAUAAUGGUGUUUAAAGUUGGGAGCAUUUAGGCCUCCCUCCUCUUUACUUUUCUGAAGAGUGGAUAGACUGAUUCUGUUUUUCUUAUUUUUUGAAUAAAAGUUUUUUUACAGCAGAAUCUAAGGUUUGAAACCAUUUAAAUGUGGGCUAAAAUGGAAUCAUUGAAAAUAAAUUAUUUAUUUGAGGUAAGGUUUUCACUUUUAUUGUAGCUAUUCUUCUCAGUAUAGAAAGCUGUUUCCGACAGGCAAGCGUUGGAAGUGCGGUUUGACAAAGCUACUUGACUCAACAGAACAUCGCUUCUCAAAAAUAUUUUUUUUUUUUUGUAUUCUUUCCCCUUGGCCCACAGUCUGUUGAUUUGCACACAGAAUAACUCUUAAAGGAGAUAUAUAUGAGUUUUUUCCAAAAUUUAAAACAGUUACCAGGUGUCUUAAUAACGUGCUUUGUGUCAAAAUACCCCAAGGAUCAAGAAUUAUUGAAAACUUUACACACUCUUUACACUAGUAGCCUGUUUAAGAGGGGAGAAACCUGUCUCAUUCAAGAAAGCCUCAUAUACUGCUUAGUCAAUAGCGAAUUCGGAUUUCGUUGGCAUGACAACUCAGCGCAAUUGAAAAGUAAAUUUAAAUUUAAAAGUAAAUCCCACUUAAUGAUGCACCAAAGAGCCCAAACAUAUUUCUUAGAAAUUUGACACAUCACAGAGAAGUGUUUCUAAAAAGCCUGCCAAAUUUGAAUGAAUUAAACAAAUAUAUUAAAAAUCACUGUUAUUGUAAAAUAAGGGUCUGAAAUCAUGAAAAAUAAAGCCCUCCAUCGAGCUGCAGGAAUGGGUGGUCACGCACGCGUUCUCUGUUAUUUGGGGAGACCCACACACAACUCCGAGCAAGGCGCUGACAUUUUGGAUGACCCCGCCGCAGUCGAAUGAGCUCCUUAGCUUGCCAGUUCGUGGGCUAGCGAUCGUAAUAAAUACAGUAUAUCUCAACAAUUCAGUACUAAAUAGUUGUUUUUUGCACUUACCUUCAAAGAUAAUGUAUUUAGAAACAAAGCAGACAUGUUUUAAUUCCAGCUCUACACUGUAGCAAAUCUUCCCGUGUCCUUCUAUGACAGUCAAUGUGACAUGCUGAGGGGGAAAGGAAGUGCAAACUCUGCUUUUGAUUGGGAUAGGAGUAUUUAAAUGCCCCAUACAUUACAGCACUUUUCCAGCUUUACCUUCCACAAAAUUUACUGUAAAGUACCCAAAUCCGUAUAAAUUCUGUCCUUGAAUACAGCAUUUAGCAUCAUCCAUGGGUGCUCACAGACUUUAGAAUUAUUGCGUAUUAAUGUAAGUCUAUGCUGUAUGCAGUUGCAUUCAAAAUGAUCAAACCCCAUUGUAAAUUACAUUUAUUUUCAAGCUUUACAAUUUUUCAACAGAUGGGCACAUUUAUAAAAAAUAAUGUCCACUUUUAAGAUUUUGUGUAUUUAGACCGUUUUUGCUGGUUCUUUGCAAACUACUAUAAAGUGGUGAAAUUUGUAAACAAAUAUAAUUUGCAAUGUGGGGGUUGAACGAUUUUGAAUGUUGUUGCCUUUAACUAUUCAUUAAAUUUGGGCAUAAUGCCAACACCACAUAUGUUUACUUAUUCAAAUGUUGUUGUUUUUUUACUCAAAUCUUCAUUUAGAAAAAUGGAAAGAAGCCCAAGUAAAUCAAUCAAGAACGUGCACAUUUUGUGCAUCACUGUAUUCUGUGUCCAUUUGUGUCCUAACAUUCAAAUGAUAUAUUAAUUGUCAUGAUCUGUAUAAGAUAUUUUUGACAUCCUGAGAAAAAGUAAAAUCAAGCUCUGAAGUGAUGCAGUUUUCUGGCUUUUGAAACAUAGACUGUAUAUACAUUUACAUUUGGAUUGGAAUCUGCCCUUUAGCGCUACAAGCAAAUCAAGGGUUAGAGUUCAGGUUACCGGUAAGUAAAUGAUUUACAGCAAUCAUUUCGGUAUUAUCAGUAAUAGGGCAACAUAACAGGAAUAUAAAAUGUGCUGCUCAUGUCCAGACAGUUGUGUACUAUUCAUUAUGUUACAUUAUCUGUGCCCAUUACACCUGACUGUAUUCAGUCAUGGUAUUGGGUUUGUUUUGUUUUUCCUUUGUUUAAACUUACUGUAUGUCCUGCACCGUAGAACAUUAGUAUUCCAUAUUUGUAUAAUUGCACUGUACUGUACUUAUAAACGGCUAACAUGCAGCAACUUGGCUAUAAAUAGAAAAAUAUUCCCGCAUUUACCCCCUUCUUUCCCACUCUGAAGCACACGGAAGCAGGCACCAAUAGUUAUUCAAAAAGGGAGGGAGCAAAAGGGACCAGAGCUACGCAGGGAUGGCUUAUUUUAUUUGGACCUUGAGAAAAAGGGGGGCUGGUACAGAGUGGAACAAAGCACAUUAUACUUCAAUAACUCAUGAAAAAAGAAAAACAAGCUGCUUGGUACAUUUGCAAAGUUACACUGGAAUUAUGGAACAAUAAAAGCAUACAGGUUCCUGUAUAUUAGUAAUGUUGCCGCUACUAAGCAAAGAUCUGAAUAUUCUUCAAAACAGUUGCUCACAAAAUAAGCUGUGUCUGACAGUAAAUAUUUUGUCUCCCUGAAACAGAGACUCUUUACUAUUGCAUCUUAUUGCCACCUUUAUAUUUCAGUAGCUUCACUUACACAUUGACGAAUUUCACACUGGAUUCCCAGGAAAUUGUUGCAUCAGAGGCGUAACAUAACAUACAGUAGCACCAUGAUUAUUCUCCUGUCGCUUUCAGAGAAAACCUGCCGAAAUUGGGCAUGGCUGUCUUAUGUGCGCAUCACUUACCCGCAAUGAGAUAAUUAGAUGCAUGGAGAUGUCAGUGUGAGAGUGACAAUUGCUUUCAACUUUAAGGGGUGUGAUUAGUGAGUAUCAGGUGUUAUACUUUGCACUCCCUUACAUAUAUUCCGCCUCUGUUGCACUUUACACAUGGUACCUUACACAUGGGACAGUGAGCUGGUCAAAAGUUUGGAAAGUGUAGACUUCGAUGGCCAGUGUGAAAGGGACUACUGUUACCUGGUGUGUUUGCAGAAAACUUUAAGGCUGCAAAAUUUCUCCAGCCUGAAAUGACAGCAUAAAAUUACAGUUUUUAGCCAUCUGCUAACUUAGGUGUUCCAACAUUAAUGAGCUGUUUUGAUUAUCUCGUUUUGCAGACAUUGCUUUACAGUAUCAAUUAUUACCUGCAUAGCAAGCUAAUGGGUAUAAUGUUGUUUCAGUGGUGUAUGUCUUUGUGUUUAUGCAGUUUUUUUGUUUUUGCUUUUAUUCUAAAAACAAAAAACACGUUUCUGUCAAAUUCUGCAAUUAUUUAAAGCCUUUAGAGGUUCCUACUCUUUCUUUGAAACAUACUACUGAGGUGUUGUGGACUCUUCUGCUGUCUAUGUAAGAUAUUUUCAAGAAUCACAAAAGGUUGAAGUGACUUUAUUAGGUUGCUUGGUGGUAUAUGUUUUGUGAUCAAAAUAAAAAUGUCUAUGUAGAAUUAUAUAAUCAUUCACACAAUCAGUUAUGGGAACAAAUUUAUAUUUUAAUUUAAUUUUGAUUUAAGAUAAUGGGCGGAAAAUACUAUAAUAAACUUUAUCAAGAAUUAGAUAAUCAUAGGCGCAUACAAUCAACUAGUUUUCUUUCAUAAAUGUAUGUAUAUAAUAGAACUUUUCAGCUGAGAGUAAAAUAUAUUGAGUCAAUAUUCAUCAAUUUAAUGACAAAAUGAGAAGGACUGAUCAGUUUGCUGACAGCAUGCAGUAGUAGUGUAAUGAUCUAGUGGGACAGCAUGGCUCAGGUGGUAGCGUUGGUCGUCUCCCAAUCAAAAAGUUGCGGGCUCGUCCCUCGGCCCCUAUGGCCAUGUCCGAGUGUCCUUUAAUGUGAAAGAAAUUUCACAUGAAAAGAAAAUGAUUUAUUUACUACUAAUGAUGUAUCUUUAAUAAAUAAUCUAUGCGAGCAGCAUAUAGUGACUGGCAGAACAAUUUAAUGCUCUUCCACUCGAUGGCAGAAGUCACAUAAUGAAACUGUGUAUUAACUUUUUGUAACAUUUUUGUUCAGUGGUGUCCCAUGAUAUUUUUUUCUGAUGUAAAAUGUGUGCCUUGGCAUAAUAAAGGUUGAGAAACACUACUGUAAUGAUCUAUAUCAUAAACCCAAUAUUAUUAUUUUGGGUCAAAUUUUCUGGCACAUUUCAUAGAAAACCAUCUCCUAUAGUUAGAUAUGCACAAUGAUAAAUGCAAAGUGUAUUAAAUAUGAUCUAGUGUGAUCAAAUGAACUCGAUAGAUUGUGUAAAUGUAAGCACACAGAGGUAAUCGGACCUAUUUAUUUCCUCCUGUAGCAUCUUUGGCCACCUGCUUGACUACAACAUUGACACAGCAAAAUAUACUGUUAAUGUAUGUGUAUUAAUAUAUUAUGGGUUAUUAAGGGGUUAUUAUUAUUAUAAUCCUUUUCAUUCUGCCAUUUAAAAUGAGGUUGUUUUUUUUCCCUGUGCAUUUUAUGCUUGAAACGAAAUGUACAAAGAAGAGCUUGUGGAUUGUUGUAUUUGUAGGCUUAAUAUGCAGUGUUUGAAUUUGCUCUGCUGUAAGUGUGUUAGUAUUUUCCUUUGUGAGUUUUUGAAUUGAUCUGUAAAAAAGUAUUUUAGUUUAUAGAUAAGAUUACGUAAAGGAAUUGGAGUUGAAAAAAUCAAAUAGCAUAACGAGUAUUUGCGUAAAUAAUACUUUAAAUGCCUAUUUCAAAAAUAUAUAUAAUGUACAUUAUUGUAAUGGUACGUUUGGGUUUUGAUGACUGUCUGGAAAAGAUGGCAACUUCAAAUAAAAAGUCACGGACGUUA